CAAUUUUCCUCUUCCAGUUUGUUUCGCGAGAAAGCAAAAGAAAAGGAAAGGAAACGCACUGACCGAGAGAGAGAGAGGGAUCAUCUCUUUCUCAACUAUGGCUGUCAGAGCCACGCUCUCACGAUUCCCAAUCGAUCCGGACGCACAUGAAGGGUCGGGCCUGCCCUGGGGUGUGACGGUCACGCCCUUCGCGGUCAAGGACGAGAACGGUCAGCCUCCAGCCUACGGAUCUGAUGGCCAUCUCUUACCGAGGUGCGAGAAUUGCUGGGCCUACUUCAACACCUACUGCGAGCUCGAGCAAUGGUCCUGGACUUGCUCGCUCUGUGGGACCCUCAAUGGGCUGUCCUCCGAGGUCAUUGCUCGUUAUUCUCGCCCCCAGUCUUGCCCAGAGAUGAUGUCCUCCUUUAUAGAUCUUGAGCUUCCCGCGGGAGGGCCUGAGGAGGAGGCCACACAAGCUCGUCCGGUCUAUGUUGCAGCUGUAGAUUUGUCAUCGUCUGAGGAAUUUCUGGAACUGACAAAAAGUGCACUGCUGGCAGCUUUGGAAGCUCUUGGACCUGGUUCAUUGUUUGGGCUUGCUACCUUCAGCCACAAACUAGGGUUGUAUGAUGUUCAAGGACCUAUACCAGUUGUAAAGAAUGUUCUAAUUCCACCUGAUUCGGAGGGAACCCUGCCAAUUGAGCUUGAAGAUGUCAUGCCUUUGCUACAAUUCUUGGCUCCAGUUGAAACCUGCAAGGACCGUAUUGCAUCUGCGCUUGAAACACUUAGACCUACAACUUCAUGGGAGAGAACCACAGCAGCAGGUCAAGGAAUGGAUGGUGUUUUGAUGGGUGGACGAGGUUUUGGGGUGGCAAUGGAAGCCCUUUUCAAUUAUCUUGGAUCAGAAUAUGGAAGCACAUUUGCACUAGCUAGAAUCUUUGCCUUUCUUUCUGGCCCUCCGGAUUAUGGAGCCGGGACGCUGGACACAAGGCGGUAUGGCGAGCAAUACGCUAGUAAAGGAGAGGAUGCAGACCGUGCUUUACUUCCUGAGCAGACACCUUUCUACAAAGAUCUGGCUGCUGUUGCUGUUCAAGCAGGUGUUUGUGUGGACAUAUUUGCUGUCACAAAUGAGUAUACAGAUUUAGCAUCCCUGAAGUUCCUUAGUAUUGAAAGUGGUGGCUCAUUGUUUUUAUAUUCAAAUAGUGAUGAUUCCACCCUUCCUCAAGACAUGUACCGUAUGCUAAGUCGACCAUAUGCAUUUGGUUGUAUACUGCGACUGAGGACAUCUUCUGAAUUCAAACCUGGCAAUUCUUAUGGUCAUUUCUUUCCAGAUCCACAGUAUGAAAAUGUUCAGCACAUUAUUUGCUGUGAUUCUUAUGCCACAUAUGCUUAUGACUUCGAAUUUGCCAAUAAUGUUGGAUUUUCAAGACACGGAUCAGAAAUGCCUACGCUACAGAUUGCAUUUCAAUACACAGUUGUUGUGCCCCCUGAAGAACUUUCAAAUUCAGAAUUGAGUUCUGCAACUAGAUCCAAGCAUUCCCUUAAGCGACGACUAAGGAUUCGAACUUUGCAAUAUGGAACCGCACAAAAUAUCAAUGAAGUUUAUGACAGUGUUGACCCUGAAGUAGUUCUAUCAUUACUAGUUCACAAGGUUAUAUUGGCCUCUUUGGAGCAAGGAGUUCGGGAGGGCAGGAUGUUGCUCCACGAUUGGCUAGUAAUCCUCACAGCUCAAUAUAAUGAUGCUUAUAAGCUCGUUCAGUACAAGAAUGGAAAUUCAGUCAAAGGUCAGAUGGAUUUUACAUUCUCACAAUGCCCACAACUGCAGCCUUUACCGCGAUUAGUUUUUGCUUUGCUUCGAAAUCCACUUCUACGCUUUCAUGAAGAAGGUGUUCACCCCGACUACCGGAUCUAUUUGCAAUGCCUUUUCAGUGCAUUGGAACCAAGUUCCCUUCACCGUGCUGUGUAUCCGGUGCUGGUUUCAUAUUCUACUCCAGAUAAACAAGCAUAUCCACGGCACUCAUUGAAUCGUGCUGCACUGAUUACCAGUGGUAGUCCUAUAUUUUUCCUUGAUGCAUUCACAACUCUUAUUGUGUUUUAUUCUUCAACGGCAGACCCUGCACUUCCUUUUCCUCCACCUCAUGACUGUUUGUUGCGGACGUCCAUUAACAAAUUGAAGCAAGACAGAUGUAUCACUCCCAAACUCAUAUUUAUAAGGGGAGGGCAGGAAGAUGCCACAGUUUUUGAGAACUAUCUUAUUGAGGAACAGGACGUUGAUGGAAGUGGCCACACAAGUGUCAUGGGUUUUGUUUCCUUCCUAGAAGAUAUUACCCACAGCGUGUUGGAAUACAUGAAGUAGAAGACAAGUACCUGAAACCGAAUCACAAAAUAACCAGCAUAGGAAAAAGGUACAACUUAUACAAUCUUGCAGGGCUCUAAUAUCUGACAAGGAAUUGAUUGAAUCUCGAUUUGAACCGCUGUCUGGUGAAUCGAGACUCGCAAGUUUUAUACUUAUCAUGGAGACUAGCGGUGGUGAAUAUCAUUCACUCUUUCUACCAAUUGGAAGCUCUCCUUGUUCAAAUUUUGUAGCACAUUACAACGAGCCACAUACUGACUUUUGUAAAGCAAAGUGGCAGCAUUGAGAUUUGUCUGCUUUUUUUAAAAAAAAUAUAUAAAUACUAGUUGAAUCAAACAAGCCAAGACUAAUUGCU